CGCGUCAUUGACAAAACGACCACCGUAAAGCGCAACACAGCAAGACGAAGAGAGAGAAAACAAAACAAUCAAGUUCAAUUUUGUACAGUCUCCUUAUUCAAGAGGUUCGUUGUCUGCGCUUAGUUUUCAACAGUUGAGCCAGGUUCAGGAGCGGAAAUUUUCACACCGUCGGGUAGGAUUAUUGUUUUCCGUCGUUCCGUCGGGUGUUUCAUCGGACAGUGAUUGCAGCACCGAAUGGAGGUUUUCGAAACAAUCUCGAAUCGGUUUAUCGUUUAAUAUUUUCCGUUUUUUCCUCCGGUUUUCGAUUGAAUCAAGUCGCCUCGAUCGUUUAGGUGAAAGGCAGGAGAAAAAGAAAUUUUCCUCUGCACACACAAAAGAAACGACAAAGUGAGCGAGACACAAAGCAAGUCAAAUCGGACGCAGAAGCCCGAAAGAGAGAGGAUCGCGAUCGGUUGGUUGGUCGAAUGAAGUGUUAGACGGAGGAAGAAAGAAAAGAAAAAAAAACGUUCGAAGGAAGUUUUCUUUUUUGACAUUUUGAUUUAUCUUAGAUUCGUUUCAAAGGCUUCGACGCAUGCUGCGUUAACAUUGGUUGCUGUGAUUGAAGGGUUUUACCCUAGCCAGGAUUACAGAUUGCCAAGGUGCAGUUCCUUGAGAACAAGGAGGAACUGAACUAGAAAUUCGCUGUUACGGUCAAAACCGUGACUGUGAUCGUUUGCUAACAGCUGCAAUAAAAUCAGUGCUUCGGAAGGGUGGGGAAAAGCCCCUGUUUAUUUCUCUUCUAACCCGGGUUUUAAAAAGCUGCAACCCUGAAGAAGCUAGUGCAAACCCGUCUCAAUAUGAUCCAAGAUCCGGGCGCCGGUCCGAGUGAGAAUCCAGAACCACAUCCAGCGAGCAGGUAUGAGCGGGUCGUUUAUGACAUUCACCGGCCACCGAUAGCCGCGGCCCCGGUACCAAUGCAGGUGGAUCCCGAAAGUCCGCUCGAUAUGACUGUACGCCGGAAGGAGUGCGACCGACAGGAAGAUACCUCUCCGGGCGUGGAGACGACAAACUGUUCCAAUCGGAACAGCACGGAUGCGCCGAUCAAUCUGAACACGCGCCCGAGUGUGAUAACGAAGGCACCCCCUCCACCGAUCAAAAAGCGUAUUAGUAGCAUGCAUAGCAAUGGUGAAAUCGUGAUAAAAAAUACUGCGGGUGAUAAUCUUUCUCCGGCAAACUGUGACGUCUUCAUCGAGGAACAUUUCCGGAGAUCUUUAGGCAAUACUUACGCAUCCAUCUAUGGACCUAACAGCAACAACAACAACAAUACCACUCAGCAGAAGAGCAGUGGCAGUGAUACCAGAAACAGCAGUACUAGCAGUAGUAGCAGUAUUAGCAGCAGUAGUUCCAGCAGCGCACUCAGCACCAGCAGCAGUUUGAACAGUUCGAGCGGAAUCAGCAGCAGCAGCUUGGCGAAUUUCAGCAUCGCUAGCCAACUGCAGCAGGUCACCGCUCCCAAUCCUGUUGUCAGAUCAGCUCAAACGAUUGCACCGCUAGAAGUCACUCCGAUACUGAAAGUUAAAGCGGAAGCUGCCUUAAUCCAACCACAGCCGCAACAGCAGCAGCCGCAGCAACAGUUGCUUCAACACGCCCGGGCCGAGUUGAAGGCGCUUAAAAAAGAGCCAGGAACUGUGCAGCAUGUCCGCCCCGACUCGGAGGAAGAGGUAGACGAUCACUUCGCUAAAGCGCUGGGAAACGACACCUGGAAGAUGAUACAGGAGAAAAAAAUGAAUUUGUGAGUCCUCCCGUACGCAGCCGACGGAACCCGCAAUCGUUGUCCUCGCGCAAAAGGGAAACGGAACUCUUUUUGAACAAGGUUUGCGUUUUAGGUUAAGAAAGCAACCAGAAAAAAAAGCUGAACCACAAUCAUACGUCUCGUGGCCGGCGCAGCACCAGCAACAUCCCACUGUGUUAAUCCACUUGGUGUGUGCCUGACGAAAAGAAAAAAUCUGUAGAAAAAAAAUUAACGAACGCUGCGACUGCAGAGUCCAAGACUAGGAACACUUUCGAGAGAACCGGCGAAAGGCGUCGUUUCGGCUAGAAUUGUGGUCAAUUGUUAACACAUUUAUACCAUUUUUUUUACUCUUAAUUACUCGUACUAUAUAUCGACUAUUGCUGAUGUCUGUGUUAGGAACGCUUCUCUUUUUUACGUAUACAUAUUCUCUUAGACGGUCACUUGUUCGAAACGAGCGCAUUUACUAAUUCCUUGUUGUUUGUUGUAACAUGAUAUAUUUUUGUUCCUAUAGAUUUGUUCUCCAACCGCUUCCUGUGUCUCCUCCUAUGGUGCCUUCACUCACUGCUCCAAUCCUUCUCCCUCCCCCUUUUAGUAGACUGCCAAUGCGCUGAAAUCUUCGUUCGCGUUGAUGUUGUUGGAAAAAUUACGAAACAGUACAGAUAGAUUUCAAAUCCUGCUGACGCGAAUUGCACACAGUCGAACGCACUUGAGCGUAAGUAACCUGAACUAACCACCACGGCAAGUGCAAUUGAGUUGAGAAUAGCGAGAAAAAAAACCUAUCGGAAAAGGUCGCGUUGCGGGUACUGUAGAUCUCCCCGUCGUUGCCCGCCGUUGGUUUAAUCCUUCACCCCAGUACUGAUUUCGAAUGGUGCUAGAGGCUAUCGAACGCAAUCUACUCACCUUUGGAAGCCAGUACUUGUGAAGAUUGUUCCCAGUUCCCAACAAAAAAUAAAUGUUCAACAAGCGUUAACCCUUGAGCUCCCAUAAUCAAAAAUCCAAUUUGCAAUCGAAGCUUCUUCUUCUUCUUCCGUUUUUUUUUGUCUAUCGUUUCUUCACUUCAGUUGAAAAUUCGAAACAGAGGAAGGCUUGUUUUAAUCUUUUCCAUAUUUUAGUUUUUUCUUCAUUUAUUAUUUUUAUUGCUAUUAUCAUCGAAUAAUAUUUAGUGAUAAGUUUUAAAACAAAACUAAAAGUGAGUUAAAAUCAAAAAAAAAAAUCACCCGCGCAAACUACGGCGAAAAAGUGUACCAUUUCACGGCAAGAAAGGCAAGCAAAACAAUGUAACAAUGCUAUCUAAGUGUAGAGUUCUCGAUGAAAACAGUAAUAAAAUAUUUUUUGUGAUAGAAACUUCCCUUAAGAUAACAGCAACAACAACAACACAAAAAAAAAAUAG